AUAGGAGGCGAUUGAUUAGGGAGAGAUUACAUGCGGGGGUUGCGGGAUGUUAUUUCGGGCCGAAGGGAUUUUCUUUUUCUUUUUUUAUAUAUCAAGCACAUUCCGUGAGCGUUAGAUUCAAGCUAAAUCAACGGCCAUUGACUGGUCUGGCGCUCGUCUCCUACCAGACUACAGAUAGGAAGUGUUUCCCAGGAAACAAGUGCUUCUGUUCUGUCCCCGCUCCACUCGACUAAUCAAACAAUUCCCACUUACUCCUCCCACCCAAUCUCCCAAUUCAUCCAUCGGUUCCCUCAUGCCGAUUGUCACCCACAAAAACAAAUCCUUGUAGUACCACUUCUUGCCAGCUUCACUAAAAAAAAAUUAUCGCGGUCACGGCGACCAAAAGAUGCCUCUCCUUCCUACCGAAUCCCCACCCUCUCAUGUCCCCUCCCCCUCCUCUCUAUAUAUUGAUGUCCGCGCGCUUCCUCCCAGCCACGACCACUUCUCUAGCUCAUGCCCGUCUAGCUUCCCGGUCUUCUUCUUCGACUUCUUGGUUCUUCCUCGGCUGCCGCCUGUUUGCCGAUAGAUUCUUUUCCAUUCUUGAGCUACCGCGAAUUCAAGGAAGACAUGGACGGGCAGUGGAUGAUCGGGCAGACUUCCCUCAGUCUUGGCCUCAACGUCGGCGGGCCUACGGUGCGGCGAGGUGCUCCUCCGGUGACCAAGGUCCUCGUGGAGGAGGACUUCAUGUCCUCCAGGAAAAAUCACGAGGUCGAAGCGCUGGAGGCCGAGCUCCGGCACGUGGGCGAGGAGAACGGGAGGCUCACCGACAUGCUCCGCGCGCUGGUAGCCAAGUACGCCGACCUGCAGGGCAAGGUCAGCGGCAUGAUGGCUGCGGCGGCCGCGGCCAACAGCCACCACCAGUCGUCGACGACAUCGGAGGGCGGAUCAUCGGCCUCGGCGACCAGAAAGCGCGCCCGCAGCGACAGCCUCGACACGGCCAGCCGCAACCUAUCGCCGCCGCUCGCCGCGGCCGGCAGCAGCGGCCGCUUCGCCGUCAGCGUCACCGUCGGCCCUGACCAGGCGGAGUGCACGUCCGUCCACGAGCCCUGCAAUAGCAAGCGCGUCCGCGCCGACGAGUGCAAGGCCAGCAGGGUCUCCAAGCUCUACGUCCACGCCGACCCCUCCGACCUCAGCCUCGUGGUGAAGGAUGGGUACCAAUGGCGGAAGUACGGGCAGAAGGUGACCAAGGACAACCCGUGUCCGAGGGCCUAUUUCCGGUGCUCGUUUGCGCCGUCGUGCCAUGUGAAGAAGAAGGUGCAGCGCAGCGCCGAGGACAAGGCCGUGCUUGUGGCCACGUACGACGGCGACCACAACCACGCACCGCCGCCCAAGCAACAAGGCUCGGGUGGCAGGAAGAGCGGCGACGCAGCCGCCGUACGCGUAUCAGCUGCGCCGGUGCUUGUCCAGCAGCAGCGGAAGCAAGAACCUUCGACGGCGGAGCAGGUGGACGAUAGGAUGAACCUGGUGGAGCAGAUGGCGGCGACGCUGACGAGGGACCCCGGGUUCAAGGCGGCACUCGUCUCCGCGCUCUCUAGUCGGAUCCCUGUUGCCUGACCGGAAAGCUGCCAGCACAGGAGAAUAUACUCAGGAAAACAUUUUUCAAGAUAGUUGUGCUGCUGGCCAGCCCGCCCGGGUUCGAGCCUCAGCUCUGACUCGCGGGGCAUGCGGAGUUUCUGCUAUAAAAAAAAGCCAACAAAGGUUAACCCUUGAGUUGGCCUCAUUUUUUUAAGAUAGAGAGCCGGUGUAUGACUUGCACCUACGGCGACAUCUCUGACAAGAGCGGCACCUCGACGGCCACGGCGACAACGGACGCAACCCUGACGAGAGCGGUGCCCGUUUGUGUACGAAUGGCCCACGUGGGCGUCACGGUGGCUCUGUCGACCGCGGCUGCCCUAGGGAAUGCCGCCACGGUGAAGGCAACUUCAUUGACCGCGGCAGACCUAGCGAGAGGCCCCGUGGUCGCUCCGGCCGACGCAGUCCCGCCGGUCGCCGCCGCGAAACCAGUGGAGAUCAUUGACUCGACGAGCUCCUCUGAAAACUUCUUCUGAUCCGAGGAAGAUCACGACGACGAUGGUGGCACGCCGUUUGCAUUCAUCCAUGACGUAGUGAAUAUUUUGAGCAGUUCAUCCACACGUAAACUGGUGAACUGUUUGUAAAAUAGUGAGCGUAUGAACUGAUGCUGAAUUUUC